AUGAUUAAUUUGCUUAAUUACAGUGGACGCAGCCUCACGGCACUUAUGCUGAGCCCUCAAACCACAGCUGUCAGAUUAUAUUUGUAAAUCAGAUAAUUACAUAAUCUCACCACUUUAUACUUCAAUCCAAUGUAUCAGAUUUAGCAACAUAAAAAAUUGACUCUUUCAUUGAUUGAUCUUUACUACAAGAGGAGAUUUUGAUUUAGUCUCUGCUUUGAGAGAUAGACAGACUCUUGGAUCAGUAGCUGUUGCUGAGGCAAAAAAGAACAGAGAGUGAUUGUAAAGCAAAGAAAAAAAAUUCAAGAUUUAGCUUAGAUUGAUCUGUUAUCCAAGUUGGUAUUGAUAACCACUUUGAGCUUUCUGGGAAUUCUUGUUUUGGUUUUCAGAUUUAGCUCGAAAUACACUUUCCUUUUCCUUUUUUUGGGUGAAAGUAGAAGAAAAAUGGGUGUUGAAUUGUUGGAGAUUGGGGUUAAAGUGAGGAAAGGUGUGAUAUUUACAAUCAGAGGAUGUUUUAGAACAGUUUGCAGUCAUCCAUUUCUUGUGGGCAUGCUGUGUUUCUUGAUAUUUCUGUACAGAUCAUCUCCUUUUAUUUUUCACUUAUUGGUGUCUACAUCUCCCAUACUUGUAUGCACUGCUGUUUUGCUUGGAACCCUUUUAAGUUUUGGGCAACCAAAUAUACCCGAAAUCGAAUUCGAAGAGAAGAUAGAGGCUGCAUCGAUUAAGAGUGGAGUUUUGGGUGAUGCUACUGUUGUUGAGGAGAAUGAGAACCAUUUUGUUGAUAGAUUUGAUGAGAAUAGUUGGCGGGAUGAAGCAGGAAAGUCGGCUCAAGUUCGUAGAGAGGAGGAUCUGGAUGAUACUGCCCCGUUGAUUAAGGAGAGAUCGAGGGGAAGUGAGGCGAGUGGUGGUGAGGAAAGGGGAGGGAAGAGAGAGUUAGAUGAGCUGAGGUACAAGGAGAAAGGUGAGUGGAUUGAAGAAAGGCUUAACAAUGGGGAUGCAAAGGUAAAUGGUGAAGUUGAAUCAGAUGAUGAGAAAUCAGAAGCAGAUUCUUUUGAUUCCGAGAAGGUGAAUGUGGAUUCUCUGGAUUCGCCUCCCCUCUCCCCGUGGGCACGAGUCGAGGAGCGGGAGGAGGAGGAGAAGGAGCGAGAUGAGGAUGAGGAGGAGAGCUUGGAUUCUGGGUCUGAUUGUGCUGAGAGUUCCUCUCCGGAUGCCUCGAUGGCUGACAUAAUGCCAAUGCUUGAUGAGCUCCAUCCGUUGCUGGAUGAGGAGGGCGGCCCUCAGAAUGCUCGUCUCUCUCGUGGUAGCUCAGAUGUGGCAUCAGAGAAGUCACUAAAAUCGAGUCACCAGUCGGAUGAUGAGUCUGAAAAUCAUGAGCACUUGGAAGCUAAUGAUGAUGAAAAUGAAGACGGAGAAGACGAAGAAGAGGAUGCACACGGGGACAAGGACGAGGAGACGAAGUCCGCCAUUACAUGGACGGAGCAGGACCAGAAGAAUCUCAUGGAUCUCGGAAGCUCUGAGAUCGAGAGAAACCAACGUUUGGAGAAUCUGAUUAUGAGGAGGAGAGCAAGGAAGAGCACAAACUCAAGCUUGUUUGCAGAGAGGAACUUGAUAGACUUGGAGAGUACUGAUCUCCCUUUCAACAUUGCUCCUAUUUCAACUAGACGACAGAAUCCAUUCGAUCUCCCUCAAGAUUCUUAUGAUGAUUCAGGACUGCCUCCCAUUCCUGGUUCAGCUCCUUCUGUUAUGCUACAGAGGCGGAACCCUUUCGACAUUCCUUACGACUCAAGUGAGGAGAAGCCUGACCUUAAGGGAGAUGUGUUUCAAGAGGAGUUCACGUCCCAACCCAGGGAGCCGUUUUUCCGGAGACACGAGAGCUUCAAUGUCGGACCUUCGAUGUUUGCACCUAAGAGGCAAGAUGUCAAGAUGAGGCCUUACUUUGUUCCAGAGAGAACAAUCUCCGAAGAGUCGAGCAGUUCUCUGUUUCAGAGACAGUCGAGUGGACUUAGUGACUCAAAGGUGAGCUCCAUUCCUGAAACUGAAUCAUUUACUUCAGUUGAAGAUAUGGAGGACAAGAAGCUUCCAGAAACAGACAGUCUGCCAGAGAGAGAGGUUGUUGAACAAGCAAGAGACAUCGCUGAGGAGGGUCCCUCUCGUGAUCCAGAGCUGAUUAGCCGAGAGGAGGAAGACACCGGGGAAAUGAUCUCCAAGAUGGAGAGUGUUUCCGAGCAUAUUGGACAUGGAAGUCAAUCUUCAGGAGACGAAGAUUAUCUAGAGUUAGCCCAAGUCGAGAAGAGGGAUGAUCAAGUUGGAGAAUCCCAAAACGUGGAAGCUCAGGGUUUUGGUCAUGGUUCGACCUUGGGAGCUGUUGAGUCGAGAUACAGUAGAGAUUCGAGCUCCUCGUCACUUUCAGAAGUGAGUGAGAGGGUCUUCAUUGAUACAGAAGGCGAAGGGCUAUCAAUGGUAGAGGGAAGCAGAGAUUUCGAAGAACCAAGCAUCUCGAGCCAAACUUCUUUAGGAAGUAGUGAUCUGAAUAUCACAAGUGCAUUGGCAAUCGACAUAACACAACGGGCUCCUGUCUACGACUCUAGCCCCCGAGGACUCGGUAAGAAUGCACCAUCCUCCUCCUCCGUUCCUUGUGAUGUGCUUCCGGUUGGGGGAGAAUCCUCCUCCUCCGUUCCUUGUGAUGUGCUUCCGGUUGGGGGAGAAUCUGAACGGAAUCCCCGGGAAAUCGAGACAGACAUUACUCGUAACAUCGAGAUGUUGCCUGAUUCUUCAAUGUCCCAAUCAAUAGCAGCUGAGUCUAGGCCAGCUGAUGUCGUUGAUAUAAGAGAUCAGGAAAAUAUGAGCAGUGAUUUGAGUCGAAAUACUCUAUCGAGAUCUCACGGUGAGGCUUCGAUGGAGGAACAUCUCGUGGAGAAACAUGAAUCGGAUGAAGUCUCCGUCUCCGCUGAUGAUAAGAAUAUUCAUGGCCUAAUUGAAGUCAGUGAGACACAACUUGAAGGUCUACCACGAACGGCAGAACGUUCAAAUUCCAUAGAUGAGACUGUCGAACCACCAUCGGAUUCCGAUGGUGAUAAUGAACAUGAAGCUGAUGAAAAGUUAAUCUCUAUGCUCCCAUCUGAGGGAAACACAUCUCUCUUUUAUGAGAGUGCAAUACAAGAGCCAGAUUUCAACUAUCUCAAUGAAGUGCAAGCAUCGAGCACCCAAGUUGAGUCAUUUUUGGAUGAUCAAUUUACACAUGAUUUGAACGUGCCUGAGGUCCAAGAACUUGAUGGCUACGCCAACUCUCCAUCAAGUGCUAUCGAGACAAAUAGUUAUCGUUUUGAUGUGCAGACAGUGGUUGAAGAAGCAGAUGAGAUCAAGGAAAUCGAUGAAGGGCUUCUGUGUGAGUUGGAUAACGUUGGGGACUUUAGCAUCGGACAGCUGGGAUCUGGCACGAAUGAGUUUGAAAAGCGCGUAGAUUCUGUUGGAGAAGAAAGUUUGUCUUCAACGCAUCAUGUGAUUCGCUCGGUUGGAGUCAGCGAAAUGGAACAAUUUCUGCUUCCAGAGGAAUCGAGGGAGAAUAUUGAUGUGUAUGCACAGGAAGCUGCAGAACAUGUUUCAGAGAUACAAACAUAUCAAACAAGUAGAGCUGAAAAUCUCGAGGUCUCAGAGGUCAUCGAAAAGGACCCUGAUUCUCCACAUCAGGAAACAUCCGACGAGGAAACACUGUCCACAGAAAAUGAAUUCAUGCCCGGAGAUUCGUUUGUGAAUCACAAUCAUGAAGAUGCUGUUUCUGGGAUACCUGAAAUGGAAGUGCAAUCUGUCGAUGUUGCCACGAAGGGUGAAUUGGCAUCUGUGGAAACUGAAGUCAUGGUGGAAGUUGCUGAGGUCUCCUGUCAAGGUCAACUUGAUACAGAUACCACUUUCGGGAUGCCUGAAAUCGAAGCUAGUUCCAUCGAAGAUAUUGAUUUAGCCUUCAAGCAAACCAGUUCUGAAGAGAUUGAAAAGCACGUUGUUUUGGAUCCACCCCAAGCCGAGCUUCAGAAUCAUGAAGUUAUUGUUUCUGCAGUACCCGAAUCUGACGUUGAUGCUGCUCCCACAGUUGCUGAGGUACCCAGUUCUGAUAUGAUUGAAACUGAAUCUAGUACAGUGGAAGAUAUUGAGCUGGCAGCACUUAAGCAAAUGAGUUCCGAGGCAAGUGAGAAUCCUCGAGUUUUGGAGCCCGUUGAUGCGGAUACACCUCUGAUUCCUGAACUUGAAGAUACUAAAGCUGAAGAAGAUAUUGAUCUUGCUUCCACGAAAAUCAGUUCUGUGGAGAUUGAGAAGCACGUCGUUCUAGAACCACCCCAAGCUGAGGAUACUGAUUGUGGAACACCUGAGCAGGAAGUCCUAUUGGCAGAAGAUGUUCCCAAGCAUACUGAAGUCGCCGUGGCAAGUGCUGAUGUAUCCAGUCAAGAUCAAGCCCAUACUCUUGAAUUUACUGAAAUCGAAGCUAGUACAGUUGAAGAAAUUGAUCUGGCAUUUGAGCACAUCAUUUCCAAGGCAAUUGAGAAGCCGGUUGAUUUUAAGCCAGUGGAUACGGAAUCUACUUCCGGGAUGCCUGAAAUUGAGGCUAGUUCAGUCGAAGCUAUUCAUCAGGCGUUCCAGCAUAUCGGUACCAACGAGAUCAAGGAUCGUGAUGUUGGGGAAACCAUAACCGAGGAUGCUGAGGAUACAGCACCACACAGUGAUAUGAGUGAGCCAGUAUCUACUAAUAAGGCAUCACUUCUUGAAGUUGGACCAAGUGAUGGUGCUGAGGCGAAUGGUAACCAAACAGCUAUAGUUGAUCAUGCUCUGCCUGUUGUUGAAUCUAGAGAAACGCAAGGAGCGUCUUCUGAACUGCACAUUGUUGAGGCCGUUCCUUUGGAGGGUGCAGUUUCGGAUGGUGAAACGAGAGAACAGCUGAAGCUGAAGUCGGAUGAUGAAUCAGGCCAAGUCAAGGCUGACGAUAAGGUAGGACCCUCUGAAGAGAAGUCUAGCCUUAGCAGUGCCUUUGAGGGUGAAAGGCCCAACCACGACGACGAAGCAGUUGAAGACUUGCAUUCUCCAUCUUCUGGUAAAGGAAAAGGUAAGCUCUCCAGAAGCUCGAGUUCCUGUUCCAGCUCUAGCUCCGACUCGAGUUCCAGUGAUUCCGAUAGAGAAGAUGGGGGAAAAGAAAGUGUGUCGGGUACUUCUCCGUGAGUUUGAUCGUAUAUGAUUUUCGUGCUCGAUACAAGUGGGGUUCUUUCAUUCUGCUAGCAAGAUGGUUUCUUCAAGAAUGAGUUAUUUAUUUGAUUUCUUGAAGUUUUUGCGGUUUGGCGAAGUUUUUCUUUUUGGCCUUAUUUUUUCAAAUUUAGCGUUUCUUUUGAGGGCAGUUUUGAGUUGAAACUUUGUCUUGAACUAUCCUAAUUAUGGGAUGUGCUGUAAUAUAUGUGCAGACUGGUGAUUAUCUGAGGGGAAAGGGUUCGUUUUUUGUGAUUAAAUCUGUACAGUGUGUGCUGUUUGAUCGAGUUAGAGGAGGUUAACCGUCUUGAGUGAUUAAAUGUGUUUUCUA